AUGUCUUCGCAUGAUGGUUCACGCUCAGUGCGCCAGUCGAAGCGCUACUCCGUCACGGCCCUGUACCUGUCCAUGUCCGCAAAAGACAAGGAGCUCGAGAUUGAGGACGACCUGGCCAGAGCAGCCCAGAAGAUACUACGCGAGCUCAAGGCCAAGAUCUCGUCGCAAUCCAAGAAGAACUUUGUCCUCGAAAAGGAUGUGCGGUAUCUCGACUCGCGGAUAGCGCUGCUUAUCCAGAACCGCAUGGCAUUAGAAGAGCAAAAUGAAGUAGCAGAUCACCUGGGAGACGGCCUCGACCUCCAAGAGGGAUUCUUCCCCAACGACGAAAAGACACAAAAGUACGGCAACCUGCUGUUUCUGCUGCAAUCCGAACCUCGGCAUAUUGCUCACCUAUGUCGUCUCGUGUCCAUGGCCGAGAUCGAUGCUCUGCUCCAGACAGUCAUGUUCACAAUCUAUGGAAACCAGUACGAGAGCAGAGAAGAACACUUACUUUUGACUAUGUUUCAGUCCGUCCUGACCUACCAGUUCGACAACACCCCAGACUACAGCUCGCUACUGCGCGCCAACACCCCGGUCUCGCGCAUGAUGACUACAUACACCCGGAGAGGGCCCGGCCAGAGCUACCUCAAAGUCGUCUUACAGGACAGCAUCAACUCACUCAUCGAGCUCAAGGAUCUUGAUCUGGAGAUUAACCCGCUCAAGGUCUACGAAAAGAUGGUCACCGAGCUCGAGAUCCAAGGAAACCUGCCACCGGAUUUACCAAAAGGCGUCACCGCCGAACAGGCUGCAGAAAACGAAACCGUACAAAACAUCAUCACUCCACGAGUAAACAUGCUCAUGGAAAUCGCAAACAACUUCCUCACAACCAUCAUCAAGGGGCUCGAAGAGACACCCUACGGUAUCCGAUGGAUAUGCAAGCAAAUCCGAAGUUUAUCAAGACGAAAAUACCCCGAUGCCCAGGACCAGACUAUAUGCACGCUCAUCGGCGGCUUCUUCUUCCUCCGUUUCAUCAACCCUGCUAUUGUGACACCAAGAUCAUAUAUGCUCAUUGAUGUGCUACCAGCCGAGAACCCCAAGCGGACGCUGACAUACAUCGCCAAGAUGUUGCAGAACCUUGCGAACAAGCCAUCGUACGCGAAGGAACCGUACAUGGUCAAAUUGCAGCCCUUUAUUCACCAGAACAAGGAACGAAUCAACAAGUUUCUCUUGGAUCUCUGCGAGGUGCAGGACUUUUACGAUACUCUAGAAAUGGACAACUACGUUGCCUUGUCCAAGAAAGAUCUCGAACUGUCCAUUACACUCAACGAGGUGUAUGCGACACACUCACUGCUUGAACGACACGCAGCUGAACUCGUAAGCACUAGUGUUCGGAAUCACAAGAGUACUUAUCCUGACUUUGUCCAGGCAAAAGAGGACAGUUCGCAUUUGGGUGUAAUUCUUCAGGAGCUUGGUACUGCACCCGCUCAACUCCCGCGAAAGGAGAACAGGGCUAUCAACCUCCCACUGUUCAGCAAGUGGGAAACACCGCUUGAUGAUUUGACUGCAGCACUUGAUAUCACACAGGAGGAGAUCUUCUUCAUGGAAGCCAAGUCGACGUUCGUCAUGAUUCUUCGCUCACUCCCCGCAAACAGCUCAAUCACCCGGAGACCAUUGAGGCUUGACAGGAUCGCCGAAGCUGCCGCGACGACAAAGAACGAUUCCAUCAUGGUCAAGAAGGGUAUUCGUAGCAUUGAGCUACUUAGCCAGCUCCAGGAUCUCGGCGUCAUCGACAAGGAAGAUGGCUUCUCUCUACUCAGGGACGAGGUGGAGCAAGAGCUAGUUCACUUGGGCUCCAUGAAGGACAAGGUCAUUGAAGAGACACGCAAGCUCGAGGAAGUUUUCCGCACGAUUCGCGACCACAACGGCUUCCUGGUUAGUCAGCUCGAUACGUACAAGUCAUAUCUGCACAACGUGCGCAGUCAAUCUGAGGGCAAGACGAGAAAACAACAGAAGCACCAAGUCUUGGGACCCUACAAAUUCACACACCAACAGCUGGAGCGAGAAGGCGUGAUUCAGAAAAGCAACGUUCCGGAGAAUAGGAGAGCCAACAUCUACUUCAACUUCACGAGCCCACUGCCCGGCACCUUUGUCAUCUCGCUGCAUUACAAGGGCCGAAAUCGCGGUCUUCUCGAGCUAGAUCUCAAGCUGGACGAUCUUCUCGAGAUGCAAAAGGACAACCAAGAAGAUCUGGAUCUCGAAUAUGUCCAAUUCAACGUGACCAAAGUAUUGGUCCUGCUCAACAAGCGGUUCGCUCGCAAGAAGGGAUGGUAG